AUGGAUCAACAACAUUAUUCCAGUACUUGUUUUUCUUCUUCAAGUAAAAUUAAUGCGAAAGAAAAGAAGGAACGUAGAGGAUUAUCGUCAGCGGUAAGGAAAUCUGUGAAGUUAUCAACUGAUCCACAAAGCGUCGCAGCACGCGAAAGGAGGCAUAGAAUAAGUGAUCGUUUCAAGAUUUUGCAAAGUUUAGUCCCUGGUGGUUCUAAAAUGGACACUGUAACCAUGUUAGAAGAAGCAAUUCAAUAUGUCAAAUUCCUCAAGACACAAAUUUGGCUUCACCAAACCAUGAUUAACUUUGUCGAUAUUAAUCAUGAAAGUUUCGAUCAGAAUAUACACAUAAAUAAUAUUGAUUCGAUGGACAACCAGCAAAUGCAACAAGUACCAAGUUAUGACGAUGCGUUUCAACAAGUUGGAUUUCCUUUUUCAGAUGGAGAUCAAUUCAGAGGAGAAGAAACUAAUAUUUCUGGUGAUGUUUUUAUGUAUUAUAAUUAG